AUGCGAUUCAAAAUCUCAUAUCAAAAGGCUCGUGAGAAGAUUCUCAGGCGUGGUGUGUGGAAUAUUGUAGGAGUCUCGAUGGUAGUUUCGAAAUGGGUUCCAAGAACGGAGGAGGAGAAACAGGAGGAGGAAUCGAUUCCCAUGUGGAUUCACUUAACGAAGGUUCCACUGCAUAUGUUCUCUUGGGAGGGGCUCAGUCUGAUAGCGAGUCCAGUGCGUUGUCCAGUAAAGCUCCAUCCGGAGACGAUUGCCUGUACGAGUUUUGAAGUUGCGAAGGUCUUUGUUAAUGUGGAUGUCUCGAAAGCAUUACCAAGGGAAAUGACUUUUUCAAAGGAUGGAGAAGAGUUUUUGGUGGAGUUCCACUACCCGUGGCUUCCUUCAAGGUGCAAGCAUUGUAACAAAUGGGGUCAUAAUCAGAAAGUGUGUAUCUUGAAGGGGAAGAAUAAGGAAAAAGGGGUCCUCACAAGAUCAAACUCUAAGGAUGUAAAUACAAUAGAGAAGAUAGAGGAGGGGCAAAAGGAGAUAGGGGAGAUGAGCAGGAAUGAGACUUCAGAAGAGGUUUCAACCUGUAGAACUGAGGAAACGGUAAAGGAUAUAAGUAUGGGCAAGGAAAAGGAAGUUUCUGAGGUUGCUUGGGCGCUGGUAUCUCCGGGGAAGGCUGGUAGAUCACAAACAAAUAAUCCGAAGGAAAAUGAUUCUGAAAUUCUGAUCUCAACCUCAAAAUAUUAUGUGUUGAGCGCAAAUGAAGAAGAGGAAGGUGAAAUAGUGGAAAAGGAAAAAGAAAAUGAGUAUGAAGAUUUGGAAGUUAGUGAGAAAAUGGAGGACUAUGAAGAGGAUAUAGAGGAUGAUUUGUUGAUGAGCAGUAAAGGAAAAGAGAAAUCGGUGGUAAAGAGGGGAAGGAAGAAAGAUCAGAAGACUAUGGCUCGGGCUGCUAAUCCAGUCAAGAGUAGAAGGAAUAAAGCUUGGAUGUUGUUGGGUGAUUUCAAUGAGAUUCUUGAUGGGGAGGAGAGUACUGGAUUCACAAAUAUGGGAAGGCCACCGUGUGGAAUGAGAGAUUUCCAAAGGAUGGUUCUGCAAUGUAGUCUAUCAGAUAUGGGUUAUCAGGGUCCGCUUCACACUUGGUGCAACAAGAGGGAACACGGGGUGAUUUGCAAGAAGCUUGACAGAGUGCUGAUAAAUAACGUUGCACUUAACAGAUUUCCAAAUGGAUACGCAAGGUUUGAACCAGAAGGUUGCUCGGAUCACUUGAGGUGCAAGAUUCAGUUAUUGCCGCAAAGUGAAAAAAUUCGAAGACCGUUCAAGUAUGUGAAUUCCAUUGGGAGAUUAAAGAGUUUUAUCCCUAUGAUAAAGGAGUAUUGGGAGUCGACGGAGGUUCUCUUUCUUUCAACGUCUGCCAUGUAUAGGUUCUCAAAGAAGCUUAAGAAUCUGAAGCCACUUAUUCGCAACUUGGGAAGGGAGCAGUUGGGAAAUCUAACGAAGAGAGCUCAGGAGGCUUAUGGUAUCUUAUGUGAGAAACAGAAAAAUAUUUUGUUGCAACCUAAUGAGAUCAGUGUACAUGAGGAAGCUGAAGCUUAUGAGAAAUGGAUUUAUGUGGCUGGGUUGGAGGAAGAUCAUCUGAAGCAAAAAGCAAAGCUACACUGGUUGGAAGUUGGGGAUCUUAAUAAUAAGAUUUUCCAUUGCUCUAUUAAAACUCGUAAAGCACAGAAUACUAUAAGGGAGAUCAGAGGUAUAAAUGGUGUUAUACUUAAUACUCAUGGGGAGAUUAAGGUGGAAGCAGAAAGAUAUUUCUCUGAGUUUCUGAAUCAGUCUCCUAGUAAUUAUCAAGGGGUAACUUUGGAAGAGCUAACUGAGCUACUGCAGUAUAGAUGCCCUGACGGUUUCCCAAGUGAAUUUUUCAGAACAGCGUGGUCAGUGAUAGGGCAUGACUUCACCGUUGCAGUUCAAUCAGUAUUCAGAUUCGGUUUCCUUCCGAAGGGUGUUAAUUCAACCAUUCUUGCGCUUGUUCCCAAGAAAAAAGACUCUAUGGAGAUGAAGGAUUUCAGGCCGAUUGCUUGCUGCAAUGUAUUAUACAAAGUGGUGUCAAAGAUUCUUGCAAAUAGGUUGAAAUUGAUACUGCCUAGUAUAAUUUCCGAGACUCAAUCCGCGUUUAUCAAAGGGCGGUUGCUGCAGGAGAAUGUCUUAUUGGCUUCUGAACUGGUGAAAGACUACCACAAGGAAUUUGUGACGCCAAGAGGGGUAAUGAAGAUUGAUAUUUCCAAGGCAUUUGACUCAGUCCAAUGGUCUUUUGUUUUGAAGAGUCUUGAGGCUUUGGGGUUUCCAGAGAGGUUUAUCAGAUGGAUUAAAUUGUGCAUCACUACUCCCUCUUUUUCCGUUCAAGUAAAUGAAAAUUUAGCGGGUUAUUUUCAGAGCUCUAGAGUGUUGCGUCAAGGUUGCUCGCUUUCUCCCUAUCUUUUUGUGCUCUGUAUGAAUGUUCUGUCCAGAAAGAUUGAUAAAGCAGCGGUUGAGAAGAAGUUUAAGUUUCAUCCUAGAUGUAAGUCGAUCUCUCUUACUCAUCUAUGCUUUGCGGAUGAUUUAAUGGCUUUUGUGGAGGGGACGAAGGAGUCUAUCCAAGGAGCUUUAGCAGUGUUUGAUAUCUUUGAUGAGUGGUCGGGUCUUAUGAUAAGCAUUGCCAAGUCCACAUUAUAUCUAGCAGGGGUUUCGGAUAAUGAGACAAAAAACAUAUUAUCUAACUUCCCAUUUGCAAAGGGUGAUCUCCCGGUUCGUUAUUUGGGUCUACUCUUGAUGACUAAAGUGAUGAGGAAGCAAGAUUACUUUCCUCUUGUGGAGAAGAUUAGAGGACCAGAGCUGAAAGCUACGGGAGCUAAAGUGGCUUGGUCGGUUAUCUGUCAGACGAAGAAAGAAGGAGGCUUGGGUAUAAGAGAUCUAAAAGUUGUAAACAGAGUAAAUGUACUAAAACUCAUUUGGAGAUUGUUCUCGGGUAAGUCUCUAUGGGGGAGAUGGAUUGAAGCGAAUCUGCUGAAAAUGAAGUGUUUUUGGGAGAUAAAGGAGAAAACGCAAAUGGGAUCAUGGAUGUGGCGAAAAAUGUUAAAAAUGAGAGAUAUAGCAAGGAGGUUUCAUAAGAGAGAGUUGGGUAAUGGAAGGCAUAUCUCGUUCUGGUUUGAUUAUUGGUGUGACAGGGGUGUUCUGGCUUCUCUAUUGGGAGAGCGUGGAAUUGUGUGCUUGGGGAUCAGGAGAGAGGCUACUUUGGAGGAGGCGGUUAUGUGUGUUCGAAGAAGGAGGAGUCAUCGAUCACAAAUGCUGAAUGAGGUUGAAACUCAGUUAGUGCUGGCUAAGGAAAAGUUCAGAGAAGGAGUGGAAGAUGUGGGGGAGAGUUGCUGUUGGUCUAAAGCCGUAUGGUUCUCUCAGGCGACCCCAAAAUAUGCGUUCAUGACCUGGCUUGCAGUGAGAGAUAGACUGUCUACUAUGGAUAGAGUCUCUAAGUGGAGGCAGGGUGUUGAUGAGCUCAUUAUGGAUGAGAGUUUGGAGAAGAAGAAGAGAUUUUGCCUAAGAUAUGCUUUUCAGGCGACAAUUCAUGCUGUGUGGAUUGAGCGAAACAAGAUCAAGCAUGAGGUGAAGCCUCUCCCUAUUGCAACUGUGAUGAAGUUAGUGGAGAAAGAGAUCCGUAACAAGCUAAGUAUUUUGAGAUCAAGAGGAGUAAAAGGAUGGGAAGAUGGACUGCAGUUUUGGUUUGGUACUAGAGUGUAA